AUGAAGUCACUUCUGCUGUUUUGUUUAGUUGUACUGGGCACCUUGAUCAACCAGAGCUCAUCGAAGGAUGCCGCUCAGGAAACCGUAAGCAAGCACGGUAAACUGUCCGUAAAGGGUACCCAAUUGGUCAACCAAAAUGGUGAAGCCCUACAGUUGAAAGGUAUGUCCCUAUUCUGGAGCGUAUGGAUGCCUAAAUACUGGACUAAACCCACCAUCGACUCGGUCCACAACUACUGCCACUCAAAUAUCGUCCGUGCUGCUAUGGCCGUUGAGUAUGAUGGCUACUUGACCGACCCAACUACCCAAAUGCAAAUGGUGGAAACCGUUAUCGAGGCAGCUAUCCAGAAUGACAUCUACGUAAUUGCUGAUUGGCACGAUUGGCACGCGGAACAACAUUUGGAACAAGCCAAAGGAUUCUUUGAGCAGAUCUCGANUACCUGUUAA